UAUCUGGGCAUGCGCAGUUUCUUUCUCCCACACGCAGGACAAAUACCGGCUGCUGUGGAGACAGGCCGAAACCCGGGGACAGCAACGGAAUAAGAGUGGGAUAGACGACGCCGAGCGGGACACAGACGCCUUGGGCUUAUUCAUUACAGUCGAACGUGUGGAAUCUGAACCAGAAACCAUGACGAGCUCAGGAAAAGAGAACUCUCGGCUAAAGAGCUACAAGAACAAGUCUCUAAACACCGACGAGAUGCGACGAAGGAGGGAAGAGGAAGGACUGCAGCUGCGCAAACAGAAACGAGAAGAGCAGCUCUUUAAGCGCAGAAAUGUUGCAUGUGCUGAGGAAGCAACAGAAGAAGAAGGAAUGUCAGAUGGCAACUUCCACGAGGCACAGAUCAACAAUAUGGAAAUGGCUUCCACUGGGGCUAUUACUGCAGACAUGAUAGAGAUGAUUUUCUCCAACAAUCCAGAGCAGCAGCUUGCAGCAACGCAGAAGUUCCGAAAACUGCUAUCUAAAGAACCUAACCCUCCCAUUGAUGAGGUUAUAGGGACUCUGGGGGUGGUGGCUAGAUUCGUGGAGUUCUUGAAGCGAAAAGAAAACUGUACAUUACAGUUUGAAGCAGCGUGGGUGCUCACAAACAUUGCCUCUGGGAACUCCGUACAGACCCGCAUUGUGAUCCAGGCAGGAGCUGUGCCCAUCUUUAUAGAGCUGCUCAGCUCAGAGUUUGAAGAUGUGCAGGAGCAGGCAGUCUGGGCUCUUGGAAACAUUGCUGGAGACAGUACUGUGUGCCGAGAUUAUGUGCUGGACUGUAAUAUUCUCCCUCCACUUUUACAAUUACUGUCUAAGCAGAACCGUCUCACGAUGACUCGUAAUGCUGUGUGGGCACUUUCUAACCUUUGUAGAGGGAAGAACCCACCCCCCGAAUUCGCCAAGGUUUCCCCAUGCCUCACUGUCCUGUCCUGGCUUCUCUUUGUCAAUGACACUGAUGUUCUUGCGGAUGCCUGCUGGGCACUGUCGUACCUAUCAGAUGGGCCGAACGAUAAGAUCCAAGCAGUUAUUGAUGCAGGCGUAUGUAGAAGACUAGUGGAACUACUAAUGCACAAUGAUUACAAAGUGGUGUCUCCUGCCCUACGAGCUGUUGGCAACAUAGUGACUGGAGAUGACAUCCAGACACAAGUUAUUCUAAACUGCUCAGCACUACAAAGUUUGCUGCAUCUGUUGAGUAGUCCCAAGGAAUCUAUAAAGAAGGAGGCAUGUUGGACGAUAUCAAACAUCACAGCUGGAAACAGAGUUCAGAUACAGACUGUGAUUGAAGCAGACAUCUUCCCAGCUCUGAUAAACAUUCUGCAGACGGCGGAAUUUAGAACAAGGAAAGAGGCUGCGUGGGCUAUCACAAACGCAACAUCCGGAGGCUCUGCAGAACAGAUCAAGUACCUGGUUGAUUUAGGUUGCAUCAAACCUCUUUGUGACCUCCUGACUUGCAUGGAUUCAAAGAUCGUACAAGUGGCAUUGAACGGCUUAGAAAACAUACUGAGGCUGGGUGAGCAGGAGGCCAAGAGGAAUGGGACUGGGAUAAACCCUUACUGCGCGCUUAUUGAAGAAGCAUAUGGACUGGACAAGAUUGAGUUCCUACAGAGCCAUGAAAAUCAGGAGAUCUACCAGAAGGCGUUUGACCUAAUCGAGCACUACUUCGGCACUGAGGAUGAGGACAGCAGUAUCGCCCCACAGGUGGACCUCACUCAGCAGCAGUUCAUCUUCCAGCAACGAGAAGCUCCCAUGGAGGGUUUCCAGCUCUAACAACCCUCCCUGGGCUCAGCAUGCUGCAGUGCGAGUGCCCCCCAUAUCGCUCGCUCACUGUUUGCUGUGUGCAAGCUCCCGCUCACUCCCGCCCUCCCCUAAAUUUCUCUAUUUAUUCAGCCACCUUUUUUCCCCUUUCUGCCUCUCUGUUCUUCCACCUCAUUUUUAUUUUUUUCUUUCAAAUUUCACUUUCCUGUUUUUUUUUUUUUUUCCCUACCAUCUUGUUGCUACAUGACACACCCAGCCGGAUGCUGUCCGAGGAUUGGGACUGCUUGCCCUGAUCAUUAUAACUGAGGUGACAUGACACGCCUCAUUCAGCACCACUACAGUUUUGGUGUCGACCCUCCUGCUGUGCUUUUUACAUAUUUUCAUUUCACAUGACUCAAAUAUGUCCUUCGAAGUAUCUCCAUUCAUGGAUAGAGCCAUGUCUGUGGAGAAGGACGGAAAGAAUGGACGAGACAUUAAUUACUGACACAAUUAUCAUUGUUCCAAGGCCACUACGACGUGUGACUGCUUGGCCAUGGUUUAAUGGUACAAGCCAAAUGGGGCAGAGAUUUCUUUCAUGCUUUCCAUGCAAGCCUGGGAACCGGCAUUAAUAUUUAGAUAGAAACAGCAAAAAAUCCCAAACAAGAAAACUACAGGUGUGAUACUAAUAAGCUAACUCUUCCACUGCACCUCAAGCCUUUCAAGGGCAAAUCCGUUCGGUGAAUACUGACCAUCUCAUGCCAGGAAAGGAAUGCUCAGCUAUGCCUAUGCCCCUCCGGGCUGCCUUUUAUUUUUUUAAUGUAAUUUUAAAUUCACAAGAUCGUGUGUCUCUUGCUGUUGGACCCCAUGAGACGUUGGACUGCCACUGCUCAGCUGUAUCUUCUAUCCCAGAGACAUGCGACGGACAUUGAAUUCCUGGUCAGGACUUUUCUAGUGACUCUUUCAAUUAAAAAAAAACAAACAAAAAAAACAUAAAAACAAAAAAGAUUCCUCCUCCUGCUCCUCCCCAUUCCUGCCAAACCCCCAUUUCCACAUAAUGUGAUUAGACUGGAUCUUUGCAGAAGAUGGAACCCGUUCGGACGACCCGGAUUCGGUACUCACAAGCAAAGUCUCUCCUUCCUCCCUCGGUCGCUCUCUGGUUUACAAAGUAACCCAACGUAGGUUAGAUUAUAUAUAUUUUUUUAUUUACGUUACUUCAGCAAGUUGUUUUUGCUGUGUAAAUUAUUACAUUA